AUGUCGGAAUCGCUGUUAAAAAGUAACUCGUGCACGGUUUCAAGCGACUUCUGGUUACUAUAUAAAGCACACUUUGCACUUAUUCAUUUUUUGAAUGUAAUAAUAUUGCAAGAUGGUCAGUACCAAAACGAAGUGAGCGAGCUCUCGGUGUCAAUAAUUCGCGAAUUGAGCACUCUAAACCACAGUUUUAAAGUACAAGAAAAACGUCUGUCUGACAAUGCAAGUACCCACAACUUCAACGUCAAAGACGGGUACUUUAUAUGUGUGUCGAAUAUCGAAACCUUGGAGACAUUUCUGGAAACCGAUUAUCGAUUGGUACUUCCUAAUCCAACGUCAAUCUACACAAUACUCAUCAUUUUCCACACUGAUAAGUGCGAUACAGUACAUCACGACUUUAACCAGAUUUUAAACCAACUAUGGUUGAAGUACCACGUCGCAAAAAUCACGAUACAAACACCUUGUUCGUGCGAUAGUACCAAAAUCUACGUCUACCGUCCCUUCGAUGUAACUAACAACACGCAGUCGUACUCCCUCGACGAAGUACUAAAUAAUCCUGACUUAAUCUCGACCAGACAACUCAACAUGAACCAGUUCCCGCUUCCCGUGUCUCUAUUUAUCAGAGAACCAUCCGUCGUCAAACAACUACCCAGCUACGUACAAACCAACCCCAUUUACAGCGACCUAAUCCACUCCAAGGGUUACGCAGGUGUGGACGCUCUUAUCUUAGGUGCGUUGGCACAAAAGCUCAAUUUUAGUCCCAUUAUAGUGGAAAAUCGGGACGAAGAACCAUUCGGUAGAGUUCUUCCGAACGGUACUGCCAUCGCCACACUGGGUGACAUAGUUACCCAAAAAGUACAACUGAGCAGCAACGCCCGAUUUUUGAAAGACUACAACACCGAAGAAAUCGAGUUCACCAUUCCUUACAGCAGCGACCAAAUCUGCAUGGUAGUACCAAAAGCUUCCAGAAUCCCAGUAUGGAGAAAACUACUCAAUUGCUUCACAGCGUGGUCAUGGAUGUUGAUUUUGUUGUCGUGUAUUGUGUACACCAUCGUCUGGUACUUCGUAGGUCCAUACACGAAUUUCCUUCAAUCUAUGUCACAAGUUUUCGCUUUUAUGGUUGGAAUCCCGAAACGAGUGUCUCCUUCGAAUACUCAGUUCGUGUUUCUGGCUUUUUGUUUUUUCUUUAACGUCAUCAUAUUUGGAAUAAUUCAAGGGUCUUUCGUCACCGAGUACACGACUACUACGUUCUAUAAAGAUAUAGAUACUUUAGAGGAGUUGUAUGAGUCGAACCUCCCCAUAGCUACAGAUUUCUGGUUUCUGGUUGAAGACGAUAACUCGGACGUUACGACAAGGUUGCGACAGCACGCGGUACCAGUGACGGAAGAUCCGUUUGACCAAACCGCUUUCAAAGGGAACGUUGGUACUAUAACCAGGAAACAAGAUAUGGAUUUUUUGCUCAAAACUAUAUACAAGAGUAAGGACGGGUUUCCACUUGUCCAUAACGUCAAGGAGUGUUUUUCGACGAUUUUGCUUGCCAAUAUAGUACCGAAAGGAUCGCCUUACUUGGACGCUAUAAAUGAGGUUAUGUUGCGUUUGUUUGAAGCGGGGUUCACCACCAAGUGGGACAACGACGUCAUUGAAGGGUUCGAAAUAGAAAAUUUGAAAAAUUUUGAAAAACAAGGUCACUCUUUAAGCGCCACCCUGUAUGACAUGCAAAUUGGUUUCAGGUUACUAGUGAUAGGUUAUUUUAUUUCUGUUUUGACUUACUUAGGCGAAGUUUUGGUGAAAUAUAACUGUAGAAAUAAACAGUGA